UCUCUCUCCAGUGACCUUGAUGAAGUCAUUAUGGCGUUGGGAGGCAAUGUGCAACUACACCUCGUGUUUGGGGACAUCACCAACGAAACUACAGACGUUGUGGUUAACGCAACAGACUUCACCAAUUUCCACAAUGAGGGGGUGUGCAAAGACAUCCUAACAGUGGCUGGACCGCAAGUGGAGGCAGAACUGAAAGCUGCCAAAGUGAACCGUGGAGACAUUUUUGUGUCCCAGUCUGGGCAGUUUCCUUGUAAAGCGUUUUUUCAUGUUAGCGGAGAAAGAGAUGAAAGUCUCAUUGAGGAACUUGUGUGCAACAUCAUAAAUCAAUGUGAGAAGUCUGGGUUUGAAUCUGUGGCCAUUCCUGCCAUCUGUGCUGGGGCUGGUGGGUUGGAUCCUGGGGUUGUAGCAGGUGCAGUCCUUUGUGGAAUCAAAGCUUCAACUUCAUCCAGGAAUCUUUGCAAACUCACCCACAUCAAGAUUGUCCUGAAUAGGAUUAAAGUUUUCCUAGUGUUCAAAGAGGCAGCAACACGGAUGUUUUCCCCAGUUAUUAAGAAAGCACCUGCGAUGCCUCAGGUACGACAACAGUCACCUCCUCUGAUCACAGACCUGAAACUUACCAAUAUAAGUUCAGGAAGUCAGCAGUCCACCUUCAAGUUCAUUGGUCUUGGCAAAAAUAAAGUUGAUGAUGCCAUGAAAAAUCUGAAGAGCCUGUACGAGACAGUGUGUUCCACUCAAACCAUCAGCAAAGAAGACAUGGAAGUCCUCACCCAGGAAGACGUUGAGGCCUUCAAGCAGCUGGUUGAGUCCGAGGGUCUGUUCAUGGAGGAGGACCCAUCAGGUAGCCUAACAGUGACUGGACUAAAAGAUGGAGUUACCCAGUUGAUGAUGAUGAUUCAAUCCUGUCUACAAGGCAGUUUGAGAAUUGAGGUGAGACUUAGAGACGAGGAAGACUUAUAUAAUCGUGUAAUGUGGUGCAUCUUGGACCAAAGAGGCAUCUGGCAAAGACUACCAAAAAUAGCAAACUACAAUCUGGAAAAGAGAGAUAUUGCAGCAGGAAUAGAGGAUGCCCAGGGUGUCACAUGGCAAGUAAAUCUGCAAGAGAUGGAGGCAACUGCAACUGGACAGAAGAAAAAACUGAAGCGUCUCGAAAAUCUGCUGGGUAAGAGAAACAAAAAAUAAAAUGAAAA